AUGAUAGAUGUACUCUAUUCAUUAGUGGAUGUCAAUGAACGAUUUAAUCGAUUAAUAUUUGAUCCUCUUUAUAUUCAUAACCUUGAUUUAACUGUGAAAUCAUCGUUUAUUCAUAAUUCUUCAACAAAUAAUCAAAUACUUGAUAGAAUUUGUGAAAAAAUCUUACCUCAAAUUCAUGACCAAGUAAACGAACUCACUUGUGAAUCACAUUCAAUCGAACGUAUUCUAAUUAUUGAUUAUCCUGAACUUUACUCAUUAUCACUUAUUAAUUUUCAAAAAGAAACAUUUUUUCAAUAUUUAACAGGUAAUAAAAUUCUUCGUUAUCUUCUCACUAAUCAAAUUACACAUCUCGUUAUCGACAUAAAAAAUGAAAACAUAGCAGAAUUAUCUGAUGAAAAUCAAUUAAAUAUAUUUUCAUUAAUAUUAUCUUUAUGUAAACGAUUAACCGAUUUGACCUUUUGUGAAUAUUCAUCUAAUCAAAGAUUAGCGAUUUCAAUUUUUAAUCUUCCAUCAAUAAGUUGUGUGUCUUCAACUCUUAUGAAAUUGAAUAUUGUUGUUAAUACUUUUGAUGAUUGCCUUUAUCUUCUUGAUGGACAUCUCGAAUGUUUAUCCACAUUAGUCAUCAAAAUACAAAGAAUAUCUCGUUCAGUAUCAAACAUAGAUAAUACAAGAAAACUUCUAAAAUUAAAAUAUUUUUCAUUAACUUCGGUUGUUCACACAAUUUAUUAUAAUGAACAAAUUGUUCCAUUACUUAAUCGAAUGAUAAAUCUUGAAAAAUUAACAUUAUUUAUUACGAUAUUUAGACGUGAUUCAAAUUAUAUUGAUGGUGCUUAUUUAUAUGAUGAAAUUCUCGUUUAUAUGCCACAACUAAACAAAUUUACUUUCAGUAUAAUCACUCAAAUUUUUACCGACAACAUUAAAAUUGAUUUUCCAUCAAACGACAAUCUUCAAUUGAGUUUUACUAAAAAAGGAUACAAUCAAGUUGGUUCGUAUGCCGAUUUUGAUUCAACGAAAAACGUAGCUAGAUGUCAUGUCUAUUCACUUCCAUACGAAUUUAAAAUUUUUAUUAAUCUAAAUAACUUUUUUCAAGGUGGCAUGUUUAGUAAUGUUCGAUCUUUAGAAAUGAAUGAUGGAAGUCCAUUCGAACAUGAAUUCUUCAAACUUGUGUCUCAAGAUUUUCCUUUUCUUGAAAAUUUAUAUUUAAGGAAUUUUCAUCCACAAAAAAAUAAGCAACAUUCAUCUACAUUGAUUUUAUUUCCUCAUCUUGUCGCACUUAAUCUAAAGCUAGCAUAUGUGGAUUAUGCUGAACAGUUUCUCUUCGAGAAAAACACUCGUUUGCCUCGUUUACUGAAACUCACCAUUAGAUAUGAAACACUUGCAAUCGUAACAAAUAAUUUCACCAAUGAUGCAGCACGUCUCAACUGUGUUAACUUGCAAAGUAUUCAUACAAAUGAAUCGUUUGUUCGUCCAGAAAAUUUUCAUCAAUAUUUUCCUUUAUUGUAA